ACAUUACGACUCGCACACAGACGCGCGAAUCCCUCUCGUCCGAGCGACGCAUCUUCGCGAUCCGCGACGCGCGUCAUCGCGAUCUGCAAAUUUCUACUCCAAUUGUCUCGAUCAGACACCGCUCGACGCCAAAACCGCGUUCGACUCGAAAUAUUUGCGCGGCAAAAAAAACAAAAAAGGACGAUUGCAAGAAUGGGCGGAGUUGUGUGAAGUUUGCAUCAUUUCGUCUGGAGAGGCAAAGCUCGCGCCACAACAUUCGCACCUCCGAGAAACAAGCGAGGUUGUCGUCCUCGAGGCGUGAGGUGAGAUGAAGUGUCAUCUGUGCACGAACGCGCGGAGAAGUUAGGUUAUGAGAUCACGGGGACGAACGCCGGGAUCACGCCGUUGUAAAUAAGGAGGUGGAUGGUGGAUGCGCACGCGGACAACGGAUCGGCGCGCGACGAAGAGGGUGAGAGACGCGGCGGCCGAUGCAUGGGACGCUCUGAUUGGCCGCGGCGGCUACUAUGGCCGCCGAUUGGCGCACGCACGCACAGUAUUGCCAAGCUACACGUACGCUCGCGUAUAACCGCGGCGAGCCGCGUAGCAGUCGCUCGAGCGACCGAGAACAGUGAGAAGAGCGACGGAAACGGUCGGUUCGCGCGCGUCAUCUUCGACGUCGUCGUCGUCGUCGUCGUCGUCACCGUCUCCGUCACCGUUGUGUGAUUGCCUUGUAAUAGCGGACAACUUUGUGUGCGACGUCCGUGGCGCAGAUGACUCGAAAAACGACGCCGAUCUUCCUUGACCGUAACGAAUAGUCACACACCGACGAGGAAGAAAGAUAAGAAGAGAAAGAGAGAAGAGAUAUUAUAUAUAUAUAUAUAUAUAUAUAUAUAUAUAUAUAUAUACAUAUAUAUAUAUGUAUAUAUAUAUAUAGUGACGAGGAAGGAGUGCGGGCCCGGGCGCGACGCCGACCGUCUCGACACAACCGCGUAUACGUAAAACUCGACAAUCCGUCAAAGUUUAAACCGCCGUCAAAGGCAUAAUUUUUCCUUCAUCCUAUAUUGUGUAUACCAGAUUUUAGAAACUGAAAUAAUUAGAGGUGUGCAAGCGAGAGAGUGCGGAACGGACAAAGAUAGAAGAUCGGAGGUUUGGAAGGUAAGCGUGCGGCGCAAGAGGGAGAGACGUUAGCAAGAGAGAGAGAGAGAGAGAGCGUCAGAGUGAGAGAAAGGAACAAAACGGAGCGUGCGGAGUUAAAACUGCCGAACGAUACGCGCAGAAGGACAAAGACCACGGCGUCAGCAUAACCUCCAACACGUUCGCGUUUCGGGAAUCGCUGCGGGAAGCAGCAGUGCAUAAAGUCACGAGGUAUUUGUAACGACAUAGAUAAAAAGAGAGAGAUAGUAUAUUUUUGCAAGUGUGCAAGUUCUCUGAAGCACAACGUUUCCGAAAAGAGAGAGAGAGAGAGAGAGAGGGAAAGAGAGGGAGAGCACGUGUAUCAUCGUACCCGGCGCAUCAUCGGAUCGUACGACGCGCUGAUCUCUGAAUAAGUUUCUUACUCGACGUGUCCUUUCGCGAUACUGAUUGAAGCUUGGUAUACGAAUAUAACGCGUAAGUGUAUACGUGCGUGCGUGGUGUAUUCCGUCGUUCUCGGCGGAGUAAAUAUAAGUAAACACACUAUUAGACACACACAAAUACAAACACAUACAUAUAAGAACGUGAGACACGCGAACACGGUGGUCGACGACUGAUCCACCACCGAGAGCCAAGGCAGCGGAGUCCGGUUGAUGGAUGAGACUGGCAAUAUGCUACAACACGGAGGUUCAGGUGUGGGUCUGAUGGGUGGCAACCAGGGUCAGGCGGCCCAGAACACAGCCGGUUACGGCAGCAUGGGCCCGGUCGACGGCACCGCGACCCAAGGCCCCGAUCAGACGGUCGAGGCCAGGAAACAGGACAUCGGCGAGAUCCUGCAGCAGAUCAUGAACAUCACCGAUCAGAGCUUGGACGAGGCGCAAGCGAGGAAACACACUCUCAACUGUCACAGAAUGAAGCCUGCUUUGUUUUCCGUCCUCUGCGAGAUCAAGGAGAAGACCGUUUUGUCAUUGAGAAAUACGCAAGAAGAGGAGCCACCAGAUCCGCAGCUGAUGCGAUUGGACAAUAUGUUGAUUGCCGAGGGGGUCGCUGGACCAGAGAAGGGUGGCGGUGCGGGGGCUGCCGCUUCGGCAUCUGCAGCAGCCGCCGCUGGACCACCUGGCCAACCAGACAACGCUAUCGAACAUUCGGACUACAGAGCUAAACUCGCCCAGAUUAGGCAAAUCUAUCACCAAGAAUUAGAAAAAUACGAACAGGCUUGUAAUGAAUUCACCACCCACGUGAUGAACCUGUUGCGAGAGCAGAGUCGCACCAGGCCGAUCACGCCGAAAGAAAUCGAAAGGAUGGUUCAAAUUAUUCACAAGAAGUUCUCCAGCAUUCAGAUGCAGCUCAAACAGUCCACCUGCGAAGCCGUAAUGAUUUUGAGGAGUCGAUUCUUGGACGCGAGACGUAAGAGAAGAAAUUUCAGUAAACAGGCGUCUGAAAUUCUAAACGAAUACUUCUACUCCCAUCUCAGUAAUCCUUACCCGAGCGAAGAGGCUAAGGAGGAGCUCGCACGAAAAUGUGGAAUUACCGUGAGCCAGGUGUCCAAUUGGUUCGGAAAUAAGAGGAUACGCUAUAAGAAAAACAUCGGUAAAGCACAGGAGGAGGCAAACUUGUACGCAGCCAAGAAGGCAGCUGACUUGGAACCAAGAUGGAGGAAGUCUCAUCACUGUAAAUCAUUAGCAGCUUUUGCAGGAGCAUCGCCGUACAGCAUGGGCGGUGCUAGCCAGGGCACUCCGACGCCGAUGAUGUCGCCGGCGCCACCCGGAGGACCGCAAGACAUGGCCGGAUACAGCAUGGGAAUAAACGGCAGUGAUUACGGCUCGCAGCCGUACAACGACGGCUCCAUGGGAUACGAUCCGAUGCAUCAGGGCAAGGCAUUGACUGGGGGGCCAGGCGCGGCGGGAUGGAUGCAACAGCGCGAGGCGGUGCCCGAAUUUCCGCCACUCCACGAUUCAGCGGACUCUGAUUCUGACCGGGAAAACGAAAAGCGACCGCGCGUCUAAGAUUUGUAUGUUUUUUUUUCCUACUUUUUCUGCCAUCUCUUUUUUUGCGUCGAGACAGACGCACGCGUAAUGUUAGGCGAGAGAGAGAUUGUGCGAACGAUGCGUGUAGAGAAGAGCGAGCGAGAAAUACAUCUCUCGGAAAUACAUACACACACACAAAUACACAUACGUACAUACAGUCUCCCUCAUCGAUACGAAAGAAAAAAUACGCAUAUACGAUACAAAUCGUUUGCUAAUGUGUUCCGAAUGUGAAUAGCGUUCGUUUUCGAUUAAUUCUUCUCGUUUGGCUGUACAAUUGAAAAAAGGAUACGUGCAGAUAUGGAUGCAUAUUUAGGUAGCCUGUCGCAGAAAACAAAAUCUGAUAACUUAAAAUGACUAACUGUUGAUAUAUACGUCAACAUCCUCGGUGCACUUGUGGCGCCAAGUGAUGAAGUCGCGUUCGCACCUCCUUCACGUAUCCUCGAUAUCCGGACUUGCCUUACCGAGUAAUUUUAACAAGAAUAAUAGCAAAGACACGCGAGCGACGAAAGCGUAGGUCAGUGUGCCCUUCCUACGACACACGUUCAUUUCUCAGAAUAUAAUAGAGGCUGACGUACACGCAUCUAGCUAGAGAAAGAGCGUACACGAAUCAGAUAUAAGGUACUCGUUACAAGCUAACAGAGGCACAGUGUUUCUAGACUCCUUGAAUUGAAAGCUGCCCGAAAUUUUUAAGCUUUUUUUCAAUGAUUUGAUUCCUUAUAAAUUUGCAAAAUUUUAUCGAACAAGAACACCUUCGAUCCUGUCGAUUUAGAAAUUGUAUCGUCUCUUUUUUUAUACAUUUUUUUAAGAUUAUAUUCUGUUUAAAAUGUGAGCUUUUGAAACAUGAAUUUUGGGAGCGCUGUGACAAGAGCGGAAGUACAUCCGCAGAACUCCUCUGUCAUCUUUCGAAAUCACACGUAAAUACACACGACUCUUCUCUCCGUGCGACUUUACAUCUUAAUGCCUUGUUACUCGUUUUCUCGAUAUGUUAACCCUUUUUAUGUAAUGCUAGCGAAUGUCUUUUAUAUUGAUUUAAGUCCCGGACCCUUAUAUUUUAAGUUUAGCUUCAAAAUCCCGUGCAAUGAUGAUCUGACACAUUGCGUUACGCCAAGAGGUUCAAACAUGUUAAAGGAAAUGAAAAUUAAUCGUCUCAUUGCGAUUGUGAAUAGAUCAGUAACAAUUUGUUAACGAAAAUUAAGUUAAGAGAUCCAUUUUUAGUAGAGUUAAUUAAUGUUAUACUUGUAUAUAUAUUAUACAGCUUAUAUAUAUUUCAGAAUUAGUAUAUAUAAGUAUAUUAUUCUUUUACGUGUAUUUCUAAUAUAGCGCUAAUGUUGAAAAAUUCGUCUUGACGUCGUCCGGAGUUUUGAACCUAUUGGAGCAACUUUUAAAUUGCUCGCAUUCUCGAUUCCAGGAAUGCGAAAACGCUGUCCGCGAUUGCGUUAGAAAAUUGAUGUGCAUGACCGUAUUUGCGAGCGGACUCGAAAGGCCGCUUUUCGUCUCUCCUUCUCGCCCUCCCUCCCACACAUUUUUUUUUUUUCUAAUUAUGCUACCGAGCACGUAAUCUCAUUAAAAUUUGUUUCCUCCAACACUUACUUCUCCGUCUUUAUUAAUUUCAUUACUCGAUCAUACAUAACACACACAUACACAAACAUACAGCAUCGAAUCCGACAUUGGCAACGAUUCGAAAAGAUAGCCGAUCAGCUGUCUCUCUCUAUGACAUCGACGGGCGAUCCUUGAGCGCGGCCGAUCGAUCGGAUUCGAGUCACGAAACACAUGAUUGCGCCUGUCUAUCCUUAGUUGGUCGUACGUACGUAGGUACAUAUGUAUUGUGUAUACGUAUAUAUACAUGUGUAUAAAAAAAAAAUAUAUAUAUAUAUAUAUAUAUAUUCUAUAUACUUUUUUGCGCGUAUCUGUAUAACUCGCACGUCACUCUACGUGGCGGAAAAGAGAUCUGUUAUUAUUAACGAAUCUAGCAGAGGAUUGCGUUUUAAAGAAAAAAAAGAUAUCCCUCGAUCGGACGUGCGCGCUUGACUACGGUCACUCAAAAAUGUCUCUCGAUAAGUCACAGCAUUUUUUCUGAAUAAACAAAUUAAUUUUAUAUAAUUUGCUAUAUACAUAAAUACUAAUGAAUUAGUUCCACGAAAAUCAGAUGGGAAUAUUGUUAUGUUAUAUUUCGAUCCCUUUUGUUAAUCUUUUCGGACGAUCUUUUUUCGCUACUGUGAGUUUGCGCGCGUACACGGCCGGAUGCUGUUUGCUUUCAGGAGCUGUCGCCUUGAAAUCCUUAGGAGAAACGCAGGAAGAACGCAUACUGACAAAUUUAAAAAGAGAGAUUGAGAGAGAGAGUGAGUGAAAAACGAGAGAGAGAGAGAGAGAGAGAGAGAGAGAGAGAAAAGCAUAAAAAAAAUACGAUAGAGACCGCAUUGUUAUCGCGAUAACGCUCGCGCAAUCCGAUCACCUCACUAUCUGUGAUCCGAGGCCCGUCUUUGAACGGCGGGUAAUACGAACUAAAAAUCGAUAUUAAGCUAUUAAGGUUACAUAACGCGCUCGUGUCUGGAGGCACUCGUGUUCUUGCCCCUCAAUCCCGCCAGGAUUUAUCCAUCCGACGCUAUUCAGAUACCGCUCGCUCCAUUCGCGUAUCUGUCUUUACGGAAGCGAGGGGCUUCUCGAAUAAAAAUUUGAAAACAAAAUAUAUCGAGCGCGUGAAAAAUUCAAAAUUUCUGUAUAUCAUAUAUCAUAUUCAUAUACGCGUUUUUUUUAGUCAUCUUAAUUUUUCGUUGUUAAUUAUAUUAAUAUCGAGAACGCGAACCGCGAAGAGUGAAUCCUCCUCUCAUCUCAGACUUUAAGAAUAUAGCCGUAUAUUGCAAAUCUUGCCAAUAGCACUGAAUUUUUAUAUUUGUCAACUUUUUGCGGCGUAUAGUUGCGUUUUUUUUAAAACCGACGCGUAAAAAAAUAUUAUAAGCUUACGGCCUGCGAGAGGAGGCUAUUUUCUUUCUUCCACGAUGUUCUCCGAUGAAAUUUUCUCUAAACAUGCGAUUCGUUUUGGCUUUGAAAAAUCCACCGACACGAAUGCUUCCAGCCAUCGAUGUCAAACAAUGUUUUCCCCCCCUUAUCCCUCUGCGAUCCAUCAGGAGCAAAAAAAAUAUAUAUAGCAGAAUAAUAUAUAUAAGAGAUGCGUUGAGAGAAAAACAAGGUGUGAGAAUGAGCGAGAAAGAGAGAGAGAGAGAGAGACAGAAGCAAUGGUCCUGCGACACAACACUAAUGUAUACGAUUUUUCAACACGAAAAUAUUAUAUAUUGUAGCUAUAUAUAUACAUAUAUAUAUAUAUAUAUAGAAGUAUAUAUAAAAGAGGAUAGUAUAUAGGCAACCAUAAUGGCAUAAGUGCAUCAUUGUAAUGGCGAUGGCAAUUAGUGUAUAACGAAGAUUAUUAUUAUUAUUAGUUAUUUUUAGUUUAUUCUUAAUUAUUAUUAUUAUUAUUAUUAUUAUUAUUAUUGCCAUUAUAUUAUUAUCAUUGAUAUUAUCAUUAUUACUAUUAUUAGCGGUUCUCGCAUUGUGAUAAUCGCAUUGUAAUUGUACCAUUAUGACGAUGACAAGUAUCGCUGCUCUUAUGGGUUAUUAAAGUUUAUCAUGUCAACUCGAGAGAGAGAGAGAGAGAGAGAGGAAGAAGAGAUGUACUUUUUUUUUCAAACCUUAUCGAUCAAAGACCACGAUGAUUCUUUCGUUUAUUGUUUAUAAUAAUGAAUUGCAAACGAAUCGUUUAUUACCUAUUACGUAGGUAAAUGAGAAAAAAGGAUAUCCCAUUCGCAUUGUAUAAACAAAGUCAAGACGAGAGUUAUGAGUAUCCUCCGAACGAUUAGGUGGUUAAACUCUGUUGUUAAAUAAUAUGUCGCGAGCGAAUCGCUCGGCUAAAGAUCGAUUGCCGAAUGCAAUCUUCAUAAUUUAUCUCAAUUCGCAAAUUUGUAUAAUUUUUUCUUAUUCAAUUUUCACAAAUCGUGCCCAAAUAUUAAAAUAUUCAAUAAAUUAUUAUUUAUUUUUUUUUUUAGUUCUAUAAGUGCAACAUAUAAUUUUCGUAACACAAUUCCGAAGAGAAUAUAUUUAUCCGAAUAUCUCUAUUUCUGUUAUCUAUUUUUUUACAUAUACGUAAAACGUAUAAAGCGACAAUAUAAAAAUGUUGAUCGCGAAUCGUAAUCAUUAUUGGAUUAAUUCGCGAUUGCGUGAUUAUUGAUUGAUAACCGUCUAUCUAGCCAUAAGUAAAUGAAUUCUCAUGAUAAUCGUUUAAAGUUAUAAAUUAUAGUCUCUCGACGCGGCCACGCUAUCUUUAGCCGAAUCUUUCGCCGAUCGUGCGACCAGUACAAGUGCGUUCCGGCACAGCUAGUAUACGAGAAAAUCGCGCCCGAGGUUCACUGAGUGCGCCUCUGGGCGUCCCUUAUAGGCUCUACCUAACAUUUAAUAAAUGAAACGAAAACAUAAAAAGGAAAAAAAUUAAAAAAAAAAAGAAAUACAGAUCAAUAAUAUGGACGCGGAUAUGCGAGAAAGAGAGUGAGUGAGUGUGUGUGUGUGUGUGUGUGUGUGAAAGAGAGAGAGCGAUGAGAAAGAAAUAACGUUUAACAUAUUUACGGAUAUAUACACACACGCGGUAUAAGAUAUUAUAUAUUUAUAUCCUUCGCGCUCUUCUCCUCCCACGUCUCCCCCGGUCUCCUCCGUUUCUUCUCAUCCUCUCCGUCAUCCUUUUCUCCGACUUCCGCACGCGAUAAGGGCGUAAGAAAAAAAAAGGAAAUGGCAAAACAUAUAGAGAUAAUAAAAAACGGCCGGUGGGGGUCGAGUCGUUUGCUCGACGCUGCACGCUGAUAAACAUUGAUUGUUAAAAUGCAUUUACGUUUUCUUUUUCGCCUCUCGGAGUGUCUCGUCGGUGUCACGGCGUUAACUGUCGUCGCUUAUAAAAAGCCCUACUCCUUUCUCCUCCCUUCUUAUCCCGUCUCAUCCCAUUCCGUCUGUCCGACUCGACCAAUUUGUCCCGAUGAUUGUGCGCCGCAGAAACGAUAAUAUUUUUGGAUUGAUUUCUUCGUGUUGGUCAAGAAAACGAGCGCACACGCGCCUCUCUCUCUUUACGUCGGAGACGCGCGCGCGUCUCGUCGCAUAUUCCGUAUAUACAUGUGUGAUGAUCUCAGAGUAUAACGUCCGUGUAUGCGGGAGACGAUCGUCGACGUUGUGGCCCGAAAGACGACAGUUGAGUAUACCAUAGAAAUCAUUGUAUCGAUUCGAAACAUUAUGAUAAACUUAAUAAAAGAAUCGAAAUAAUA